AGCUGCUUUCAAAUUACCCUUCAUGAAUAUCCACAAGUUCAUUGAGUCCUGUAAUCUUCCACAGCACACCAUGUGUACGACAUCUCACAUUAUUUUACAAAUGCCAAGCAUAUGUUUUAGGAAAUACCUUUUAUCUGAUUUCAUAGGGAAGACGACCAUCUUGUACCUUUUAUUUGAAACAAUAUUGCCAACCAAUAUAGAAUAGAAGAUGUCUCUUCGUUGGCCCUUUCUUUGCAAAAUUAGGAUUACGAGAGUCUGCCAUUGGUCCAGGCAGACACCCGUUGUUCUGAUGUCCAUUAGCUUCACAGUCAUUUCAUGGUCACAAUUUCUUUAGUUGAAGGAGUGAUACAUCCUUGUAAAUGAUGAACUAUUGAUAAGCUUAAUUCGGUGUUGUUGGUAAAAAAAUGUAGAAGCAUUUAAGUGUUUUUGUUUUUCAAUAUUUAAACAGCUCAGCUCUGAAUGCAAUGGAGAAAUUGAAGCUACCAGUCGUAGCUUUAAUCGUUUGCCUGGCUUUCCUCUCGUCGAUGUUGUAUCAGAAUCAUUUAAGGAGUAACCGAAGGAUAAGGACUAAACCAACGCCAUUACCAGUUCAGUCGAAAAGUAACCGAGAAGACAAACUCCUUUCCCAUUGGCGUUACAAAAAUGGUUCAGUUAAUUUUAAUAUGGUCACUCAAACAUUAUUUGUUAGUGUGGUCAACCCCCAACCGGUGUACCAAGUUGGAAAAUAACUUUUGAUCAAAAUCGUCACAAAGGAUUCAAAAGGCCGUGCAAAAUCAUAUGGAGGAGAUUUUCUUCGAACCAAGCUUUACAGCACCAUCCCGGUUCAGGCAAGCACCGCUGGAAGAGUUACAGACUUUAAAAAUGGGACAUAUAUCGCCAGCUUUUUUCUCAGUUGGCCGGGAAUACUCUCAGUUUCAGUGCAACUCAUACAUUCGAGCGAGGCUGUGCAGGUUUUGAAAAGAAUACGAGACACAGUCCCGGCGAGACGAAUCAUGGUGUGGUGCUUUCUGGAUGAAACAAGAAACAUUUCUGAGUGGACGCCUUGCUCAAGUAAUAUUGUUAACCGCGUCAAUCUUCGCGACUUUUAUGACUUUUCCAAACCGACAAUAAAUGUUUCCUUCUACUGCCAACGUCCAAAACGUCCAAUUCACUGUCCAUCAAUAACAGUGUGUCAUCGUGACAAUAAGGGCACUUUAUCCGUGCAGGAUGAGAUGCUCACUGCAGAUGAAAAGAAAAUGUUCCCCAGGGAUCUGAGCUUGGAAGAAACGUCAUCUAGCAUCAAAAUUCGAACUAGAGGCAUUCGAGUUGCAGGAAGCACCCUACCACUCUGCGCACCUCGCCUGCCAGAGACAGUGUCAGAAGGCUAUUGGUUCAACGGAACCUGGAACGGCCUAAGAUGCCAAACAAGACGAUUUCCCUCAGCUCGAUCAAUGUUAGAGUGUCUGCGAAACAAAUCAUUGCAUUUUCUGGGGGAUUCCACGACAAAGCAGUGGUGGAAAUAUUUAACAACUUUCCUUGGCUUAGGUAACAGGGAACCUGACCGUUACAGAACAUCAUCAGUAAACAAUGAAUAUAACAUCAACUUGACAUUUUUAUUUCAUCAAUUUCCUACCAACGCAAAAUUGACAAUAGGAGUUAACAGGCUCAGUUAUGUAGCAGAGGGCAUUGAUGACAUUGUAGGAGGACCGGAUGUUGUGAUAAUUUUAGGGUUAUGGGCACACUACAUGGCUGAACCUAUGGAAACAUUCCGUUCACGAGUCUGGGGCAUUCGUCAUGCCAUAGAAAGACUGCACAGCCGUUAUCCAGACACAAUGGUCAUCUGGCGAACUAGUAAUACCAAUCACCACGGUCGGCUCCGUCAUUUUGUAGAAAACAGCGAUUGGUAUUCCUACCAACUUUUAUUGGAAGUUAAAAAAAUCUUGGAAGACGUAAACGUUGCGAUCCUAGAUGUCUGGGAAAUGUCGGAGUCUAUGUGGCAUGACGCUAUUCUGCAUCCACCCGAGGAUGUUAUCAAGGAGCAUGUAAAUCUGCUAUUGUCUUACAUUUGCGCUGAUUAACCCUAAUCCGACCGUAAAGCCAUGAGUUUGUAUAUGUGUCUUAUAACUACUGAUACCGAGAUUGGCUCAUUGCUGAUUAAGCUAUCCUAGAAAGUUAAUACAUUGUCCAGUGGGGUCAAAAACUGACCCAAGCAUAUUUGAAAACUAACUUUUGAGACCCUAACCUUAACAACUUCUCGGAUGAUAACGACAUUUUCAGAGAAUGAUGCACAUGUGAAACAAAAGCAUGAUAACAACUUGGUGUCAUUAUCAUUUACUAUAGCAUCAUGAUGUCAUCAAGCUAAUACCGGCCGCCAUCUUAGAUAUCGAAUGAUGAUGUCAUCAAAUAAGCAUGAAUUCUAAAUAAUGAAUCAUGAAAUUUACUUUCAUUUUUAUAAAAUGUCAUGAAAAGGUGUGGUUUGCCAAGAAAACCUUAAAACUUAAAUAUUUAGGCCAAAAUUAAAAUUUCGUAAUAAAUAUGGCUGCCAGAAUUCCGUUACCAUGGCAACAUGAAAAAUAAGAAAUUUAUUUUAUUGACUUUAAAUUUUUGCUAUCAACAUUUUCUGAAAAGAUACCAAGUUUGGUGUCCCUAGCAUUGAAGAAGGUAGAGGCAUUAAAAAAAAAAACUACCCUGUCUGAUUAGCGUUAGUGCAAAAUGUGGCCCUAGUGAUCUUUUGCAUGCAUUAUGAUAAUGAGCGAGAAUUAUUCUCACCUAGUCAUGUAAAACUUUCCGACAUAGAUAAAGGAAACUAUACAUAUAUACAAAUAACUUAAAAGAGUAAAACAAAAAAACUAUAUUUGUACAAAACGUUAUGGGAUCAGUUUUGACCCCAUAAAGUAGUCGAGAAAAAAAGCUUCGGUGGUUUGAGAGAUAUAUGUUUAUAGGGGAAAAAAGGGAGUCUUAAUAUACCCUUCAUUAAAGACUAUGCGUGUGAACUUGUCACCUCGCUAACUGACAUCACAAACGAAUCCCUACGUCAGGGCAGAGUACCACCUGAAACGCGAUCGUAAUCCCCGUCCUGAAAGACCAACCAACAGACUUCGACAAAAUAAGACCAGUGUCACUAACAUCACAGUUUGCUAAAGUUGUGGAGGUUUCGUCCUCUCGUCGCUUAUCCGCGGCGUUUCACCGGUUGUGGAAUGUUUGCAUGAGGAAUGCCUGUUAUUUUAUUGAAAUGUGUUGAAAUUUAUGUAAUAAAUGAUUCAUAACCAUAA